AUGACGACUACCGAAACAAAAAGAAAGUCACUUAACGGAAAAUAUGAGUUUCAAAACAUCGAAAAAUAUCUUUUUCAGGAGUUGAAGAACACUGUUAUGCCUUGGAAUCUACCCUUUUUGAGAAAUAUGUUUCAGAGGCAGGAAGGAAGAGUAAGGGAAGUUGACCUUGGAGCCUUCUACAUUAAGUCUCAUGGAACUAAAUUGGCAAGAAGUCACAUGCAUGAUUGGCUUAUACUUGUUCUACUUGCUGUCAUAGAAAUUGUCCUAAAUAUCAUACACCCGUUUUAUCGUUUUGUUGGCAAAGAUAUGAUGACAGAUCUUAAAUAUCCAAUGAAAGAAAACACCGUUCCCGUUUGGGCCGUUCCCAUUUACUCGGUAUUGCUGCCUAUCCUUGUUUUUACCUUCUUUUAUUUUAGAAGAAGAGAUGUACAUGAUCUUCAUCAUGCAAUUCUAGGACUUUUAUUCGCGGUGCUUAUAACGGGAGUUAUCACAGAUGCUAUUAAAGAUGCUGUUGGAAGGCCACGACCUGAUUUCUUUUGGCGAUGCUUUCCAGAUGGAGUCGAUAACUAUGAUACAUGGGGUGAUGUUAUAUGUCAUGGUAAAGAGAAGGAUAUAAAAGAAGGCCAUAAGAGUUUCCCUAGUGGCCAUGCUUCAUGGUCGUUUGCAGGGUUGGGGUUUUUAGCAUUGUACUUGACCGCAAAAAUUAAAGUAUUUGACCGAAGUGGUCACGUGGCAAAACUAUGCAUUCUUUUUCUUCCUCUUUUAAUGGCAUCUCUUGUAGCAGUUUCUCGGGUGGAUGACUAUUGGCACCAUUGGCAAGAUGUGUUUGCUGGUGGUAUUUUAGGUCUAUUCGUUGCCACAAUGUGCUAUCUUCAGUUUUUUCCAGCUCCAUAUCACUCCGAAGGGUGGGGCCCAUAUGCUUAUUUCCGAGCUUUGGAAGAGACGAAUUCAGGUACAAGAGGAGAUGCUCCUGUGGAUGGGGUUGGAAUGCAAAAUGUGGAGAUUGCAAAUUUGAACCAACAUUCGAGGCGAAAUAGUAGCAAUGGGUUCAGACAGGUGUCGCUGUCUGAUUCGGUGCAAGUUGAUGUAGAAUAUGGAAGAGUGUGACCUUUGAUUACUUGUAAUAUUGUUUAUGAAGUUGCCGAUUCCUGUAUAGAUUUUAUUUGGUGUUUGUAGUUGAGGGAAAACUAAAGGCAUUGUUGUUUGUAGAGACGAUAACCUAUUAUUAUCAUUUUAUUUAUUCUAGACACGUGCUACUACUAGAA